AUGGGUCGCGGCAGCCGCGGCCCACGCCCGCGGCUCUUCGCGAAGGGCAAGUGCCAGGCUGAUGGCUGCUCCGUGAACCUGAGCAAGCUGCCGUUUUACUACCAGCGCAACCACGUGUGCACGGAGCACAACAAGUGCCCUUCGUUCAGGCGUCAGGGUGAGGAGGUGCGCUACUGCCAGCGUUGCGGCGUGGCCCACCCCCUGUCCGACUAUGACGGUGACAGGCGGUCUUGCAGGCGCCAGCUGGAGCGCCACAAUGCCAGGAGACGACGCCUGGCCCUGGCCGCCGCCGCCACGCCCCGCUCGCGCUCCCCCGCCGGCGAGCGCUGGGUGGCGCCGUCAGAGCCCGGGCCGCUGCCCCUGGCGCCGGUGGUGGCCCCCAGCGCGUCGUACGCCGUGCCGGCGUUGUCCCCCGCCGCCUCCGCAGCGGCCGCGGGCCCCGUCGACGAGCGCGUUUGUCGCGGCGACGACCCCUUUGCCGGCCCAGCGGCAGCCUGGCUGGCAGCAGCAACGACUCCGCCGCCAGCUGCGCUGGGCCCGCUGAGGCCAUCUCGACGGCCGACGGGCCCGCCGCCGCCGGCCUGCCUGCUCAUGGUCCCGCUGGCGGCCGUGAGCGUGCAGUGA